AUGGCAUCGAUACCUGUCCAGGUCUCUCUUCAGCAAAACCCAGUCUACCUUGGUGUUUGGACAAACUGGUCUUCAGGUUCUCUCACUGGGCUGACCCUUACAGUGACGCUCCAGAAUGGAGGCCUAUUGAUCGCUUUUCUCGCACUUUUUGUAACCUUCACUGGUACAUGUUUUUGGACCAUUGUUUCUUUUGCCGUCCACCAAAUACAGAGCCAGCAAACCCCACAGAACGCAAUAUAUCAUCAGCGGCAGGCGAUACUUCGCAACUCCGGGACCAGCGCGGAGGCACUCUGGAGGCUAUUGAGAAUGUCAUGGACUUGGCGCAGAUAUGCUCCAACCACUUCAAUCAGGCGCUCCUUGUUGCCAUUAGCUAUGAGCAUAUUAACUCUUAGCGUUUUUGCCAUAGCUGGAAUCUUCUCUUCCAGAGUUGCUACGUCUAGAGAUGGCGAUGUUCUCGUCGUUGGUAACAAAUGCGCAACAGUCAAUAGUUCCCGGUUUACAACCCAGGAUUUCGGCCUGAUUCAAACAUAUUUGACUAGUAGAAUCAGGUCAAGCGCCAAUUACGCAGCUACCUGCUAUACAAAUACCAGCUCCACACAAAGCUGCCGUGCCUUCGUUCGACAUAGUCUUCCUUACGAAGUCACGAAGAGGGCAGCUUGUCCCUUCCCAGGCAAUGAUAGAAUAUGUCGAUCUGCCAAAGGAGCUAUCCGUCUUGAUUCAGGAUUUAUCGACAGCCACUUCGACUUGGGUAUUAACUCGCGGUUGUCGGGACGUUUCCUUUACCGGACUGUCAAUGAAUGCGCUCCAGUACAGAGUAAGGGGUAUGCCCGUGUCAACUCCUCUUCGUCACCAAGCAUCGUUGAGUUCCUAUAUGGGCCGGACCGGAACACUUGCCAGAAUGAAUGCACUUUUGAUUAUGUUGCUGAAAGGAGCAAGAACCCUCAAGGAAAUAAUGACUAUACCCUCUCCAUUAGCACACACUAUGCGGAAUCAGACGAUAUUAACAGUGCGGUAUUUAACACAUGGAACCCGAUCCCUGAACUCUUGCUUCCCCACGCAGAUAUCAGCAUCAUCUUCCUCGCGGCGAACGAGAUACCGUUUUUCGCACCCGUAGAUGAUCCUUGGUUUGCAGCCGGUCACCAAGGGCCUGUCAAUAUCAGUAUUGCUUCCAGAGACAUCCAAGUCUACGGUAGCGACGAACCAGCACGUGCCUUAGCAUGUACCCAGCAAUAUCAGUUCUGCAACCCAGCCCUAGAGGGGGAUGACGGUUGUACACCGUUACUAGGGAUAUACGAGGCUACCACAGCAUCACCGGCAUUGUUUCCACACCCAACAGAUAGAGAGAGGUUCUCGUGGUCUGCAUCCGCCAUCCUGAAUAUGGCUGGCGGCUUUACAGAACUCAUCCGUACUCUAAGGAGUGGGUCGCUUCUAGCACGUGACUCUCUUUCCGGAGGAGGACAAUAUGCUUUACCCAGCAAUCAGUGGGAACUUGAGCUCGAGCAUUGGUUCAAGUUCACAUUGGCAGAUGUUCAGCGGGCGAUACUCGAUCAAGCGAUUGGCCCAGUCUACCCAGAUGCGCGUCGAUUUCAUUCACCACCCAGUUCUGCUGUAGAACGCGCCAUUUGCGAUAACCAGAAGGUUCGAAGUGACUCCUUCACCUCUUUCAAUGUACUUGGGCUAGUGUUGAUUGUUUCGAUUGGUGGGUUUAUUAUGAUACUUUCAGCCCUCCUACCCUGGGCUACCAGACGCAUACUGGGGCAUCGAAGACCAUUCACUAGCCUGGAGUGGAUUGCAAAUGAUACACUACAGCUCCAACGGCUUGCGCAUGAAGCUCUUGGCGCAGGAGAUUGGGAAGGCGCCUGCGAUGAUUACCCUCGAACACGGAAGGGCGAUCUUCUGGCUACUCUUAACAUUAAAAAUCAGAAGCAUCCCGUUCUGGAAUCGCCCCACAAGGUUGUCAUGCUGGAAGAGGAAGAGGAAGAAGAUUCAACAAUAGACACCGUUCAGGAGUCUCUGUUGAGUCUGGAAAUUCCGCGCAGCUCUCUUGAGCUUUCUCAACGCUUUAUGAGUGCCAGUUGUUAG